AGCUCAGGAGGUAGCUGGUACGUCUUUGUGCGGUAAGGCGUGCCUUCACUGCCUGCUCCGGACUGCAGCGGGCAGAGCUGUUCGUUACAGACAUGGCGGAGGGGGAGUUGGACGUCGACUCGUUGAUUUCUAGACUUUUAGAGGUGCGAGGAUGUCGACCUGGAAAGAUCGUCCAGAUGACGGAGGCGGAGGUCCGCGGCCUCUGCAUCAAGUCGCGGGAGAUCUUUCUCAGUCAGCCGAUCCUCCUGGAGCUGGAGGCUCCACUCAAAAUUUGUGGUGACAUCCACGGACAGUACACAGACCUGCUGAGGCUCUUUGAGUACGGCGGCUUCCCUCCAGAGGCCAACUACCUGUUCCUGGGAGACUACGUGGACAGAGGGAAGCAGUCCCUGGAGACCAUCUGCCUGCUCCUGGCAUACAAAAUAAAAUACCCCGAGAACUUCUUCCUGCUGCGAGGCAACCACGAGUGUGCCUCAAUCAAUCGCAUCUACGGCUUCUACGACGAGUGCAAACGCAGAUUCAACAUUAAACUGUGGAAGACUUUCACCGACUGCUUCAACUGCCUGCCCAUCGCCGCCAUCGUGGACGAAAAGAUCUUCUGUUGUCACGGAGGCCUCUCUCCUGACCUGCAGUCUAUGGAGCAGAUCAGACGCAUCAUGAGACCCACAGACGUGCCUGACACAGGCCUGCUGUGUGAUCUGCUGUGGUCUGACCCAGACAAGGACGUCCAGGGCUGGGGAGAGAACGACCGCGGCGUCUCCUUCACCUUCGGAGCCGAUGUGGUCAGCAAGUUCCUCAACCGUCAUGAUCUGGACCUCAUCUGUAGAGCCCACCAGGUGGUAGAAGAUGGUUAUGAGUUCUUUGCUAAGCGCCAGCUGGUGACCCUGUUCUCAGCUCCCAACUACUGUGGAGAGUUUGACAACGCUGGCGGCAUGAUGAGCGUGGAUGAAACCCUGAUGUGCUCCUUCCAGAUCCUGAAGCCAUCUGAGAAAAAGGCCAAAUACCAGUAUGGAGGGAUGAACGCUGGCCGGCCCGUCACUCCUCCUCGCACAGCUCAGCCUCCAAAGAAACGAUGAAGGACAGAGAGAGAGGAAGAGGCGAGAUGAUUGUCGACGAUUGUCUCCUGUUUGGUUUUUCACAAACACGAAGUAAAAGCAACACUUGGCAGAGGAAACGGAUCAACGCAGUCAUUUAAAAGACACCCAAACCAGUCUUUCCAUUUAAUCUCUUGAACUGCUGUUAUACUCUUCUUCCUCCAUGUUUUUUUCUCCCCACAUCUGCAUCUAUAUAACAUUUUUAAAAGCAAGUGUUUAAAUCAGCAAAUACAAGGAUUCAUUCUGUAGCAUCUUUUUUUUUUUUUUUUUUUUUUAACUGGGUCUGUUUUCUUGACAACAGAAUGAGGCUAGUUUAAUUUACCACAUCACCUUUACCCCCAUCCCCCCCUCCCCUGCACCUGUACAGACACAACAGGUAUUAAUGAUGGCUGCUGAGUUUUCAAUAAAUAAGGGAAUAAACCCA